AUGGCCGCCGAUGUGGGAUCGAUGUUUCAAUAUUGGAAGAAAUUUGAUCUCCGGCGGCUGCAGAGGGAGCUCAAUUCGGUGGCAGCACGACUGGCAGGGCGACAGGAAGAGAGCGAGCAUUCCCACAAGCAUGUGCUGGAGCUGAGCCGCGAGUUCAAGAAAAAUGUCCCCGAGGAAGUGCGGGAGAUGGUCGCCCCUGUCCUCAAGAGUUUCCAAACUCAGGUUGUUGCUUUGAUUCAGCGCAGUAAGGAGGCCGAGUCUGCGUUCCUGGGUCUCUACAAACAGCUGAUUGAAGCCCCGGACCCCGCUCCGUUGCUGGAAGCCUCCCACUUGCUAGAGGAACGUCUCACUGAGCUUCAAAACUCUUCUCCUGAUGUUGAAGCUCUAGUCAAAGACAUUUCAGGCCACUGGAGAAGACACCUGGAGUGCCUUAACGGUGCAGAAAGCAUAGAAGAAAAAUCUGUAAGCAUACAGAGAGUCGAGGCAUCAAAACGACUGCCCCAUAUGAUGACCCCAAACAGCACACAGAGUCUCCAAGAUGGUGACUCACCCAUUUACAACCAUCAGGGCCUGGAAGAAAGGGAAGCAGAUGAACUGGACGUCACUCUUUCUGCCAGACUGGCUCAUGCUGAAGAGAGGAUCAAAUCUCUCCAGUCAUCUCUGAGCACAGCCCAGUCUGAGCUACAGGAACUGAGAUGUAAAUAUUACAAAGAAAUGGCUGCCAAAGCGGAGGAAGUGGGUGCGCUCAGGAUGAACCUGGAGAAAGCAAACCAGAGAGCAGAGCUGGCACAGAGGGAGGUGGAACAGCUACGGGAACAGCUCGCCAGCACCCACGGCGGCUCUAAAGGAGGCGACGAGGGCUCGAGCGAGGGGAGAGAAGGGAGGGACGAGAAGGACGAGUGCUCGCCGUCCCGACUGGAAACGCUGCUCUUCUCCAAAGACAGAGAAAUCCUCAGACUGCUGGAGAACGUCCAGAGGUUGCAGUUCACUCUACAGGAGGUGCAGGACUCAUCGGCCAGCCAGAUUGCAGAGCUGGAACAUCAGCUGGCCUAUAAGUCAGAGGCUGUAGAGAGGUUGGAGGCUAAACUACAGUCCCAGCUGGACUAUGAGGAGGUCAAAACUGAACUCAGCAUUCUGAAAACUAUGAAACUACCGUCUGCUAACGGAAGCUCGUCCAAGGAAUCUGCCAAAGCUGCCGGAGCUUUGUUGCUGGACAAAGAGACUUUUCUACCUUCCCACAGAUUUCUGAUAGACAAAAGCAGAGUCCUACAGACUAAAGAUGAAGACCAAUCAGACGGCCCCACUAAGGACCUCGGUCGACCUAUGAGCUCGUACUCUUCCCCUCCAGGAGCUUUACUAAGAGACGGCCGGUCAUCCUCCAGUCCAGGAGCAGCACAUCCUGACGGUACCUCCGUGACCCACGACCUUCCACGAUCUUUCUCAGCAUCACCGUUCUCCAGUGAGAAACACGGCGCAGGGCAGCUCUUACACAAGCAGCUUCUCUCUCCUCACUUCAAGAAGGAAAAUUCCUCCCUCAUGACCUUCCCUACUGCGCUGUUCGCUGCCAAAGCUGCCCUCAUGUCGGUCACUCCCGGCUCCUCGGGUCCUGCUGCCGUGGAGUCGAACUUAGCCAGUGACCAGUCGGAGAGCGGGAGCUCGGGAGUCGGGGAUGACGACCAGCUGGACACGUCGGAGAUAGCCUAUCAGGUUAAAGAGCAGCUGCUCAAGCAUAACAUCGGUCAGCGGGUGUUCGGACACUACGUGCUGGGGCUCUCGCAGGGCUCCGUUAGUGAAAUACUGGCCCGGCCUAAACCGUGGAGGAAACUGACCGUUAAAGGCAAAGAGCCCUUCAAUAAGAUGAAGCAGUUCCUGUCUGAUGAACAGAACAUCCUGGCCCUGCGCACCAUCCAGGUUCGCCAGAGAGGGAGUAUCACUCCUCGCAUCCGAACUCCAGAAACUGGGUCAGAUGACGCCAUUAAGAACAUUCUGGAACAGGCGAAGAAAGAGAUCCAGUCUCAGCGAGGAGGUGAUGGUAAGUCCUCUCUGGGCACUUCCUCAGGGCGUAGCAGCAGUGGUGUAGGCAGUAAUUCAGAUGAUACCAUUAAAAGCAUCCUUCAGCAGGCACGGUGGGAGAUGCAAGCGCAGCAGCAAGCCCUGCUUGAGCUGGAGUCCAGCAGCCACAGCCUCUGUUCUCAGGAGCCACCCAAGAGCAUGCCUGGCCCUGUACCCACAUACAUUAAACAGGAAGAGGGCAGCCCCAUGCCCACAUGCCCACCCAGCUUUAUUGGCAGCCCUCAGACUCCCCUUAGCGUUCUCUCUCCUGCUGCUUUUGUCCAAAACAUCAUCCGUAAAGUCAAGACAGAGAUCGGUGAAGCCGGGACCUACUUCGACCAGCACUGGUCUCGUCCGUUCACCUCCGUCUCGCCUUCACUCUCCUCUUCCUCCUCCUCUGUGCCCUCGACCGUGCCCCGGCCGUGGAACGCCGAAUGCUUGCCGAGCACAGAGGAGCCACCGUGCAACGAGGAGGACGAGCCUCCACCGAGCCGGCCCGUGAAAGUGGAGCCGGAGGUGUGUAUGAGUGGGGAGCAGGGAGCAUGUGGAGGAGCGAGGAUGCCCUUCUAUCCUUCAUACAUCUCCCGGGCUCUUAAACCAACUGUGCCACCACUCACGCCUGAGCAGUACGAGAUGUACAUGUACAGAGAAGUGGACACACUCGAGCUCACACGGCAGGUCAAAGAAAAACUGGCCAAAAAUGGCAUCUGUCAGCGGAUCUUCGGAGAAAAGGUACUGGGCCUCUCUCAGGGCAGUGUGAGUGACAUGCUGUCCAGACCCAAACCCUGGAGCAAGCUCACUCAGAAGGGACGGGAGCCAUUUAUUCGCAUGCAGCUCUGGCUUCUGGACCAGUUAGGUCAGAGCCUCAACCAGCAGCCCAACCUUAGCAACAACCACGAAAAAAGCCCAGUGACUGCCCGCUUGUCGCCGUCCCCUCCCCUCAGCCCAGAGGACAGCCAUCCCAGCAUGCCUCUCGAGCCAGUUAGCUUGGUGCUGGAGAGCAGUAAGGAGAACCAGCACCCUCACCCACAGCACACAGAGUCCCACGAAACCAAGAGCGCAACAGGGACGCUGGCACUCCAGCAGCAACAUGCCCAGCUGGGAAUCCAGGAGCUGGUGGCCAUGUCGCCUGAGCUGGACACCUACGCCAUAACCAAGAGGGUCAAGGAGGUGCUGACCGACAACAACCUGGGUCAGCGUUUGUUUGGUGAGAGUAUUUUAGGCCUGACCCAAGGCUCAGUCUCAGAUCUGCUCUCCAGGCCCAAACCAUGGCACAAGUUAAGUCUGAAGGGUCGAGAACCGUUCGUGCGUAUGCAGCUCUGGCUGAAUGACCCACACAAUGUUGACAAACUGAGAGACAUGAAGAAGAUGGAGAAAAAAGCCUACCUGAAGCGCAGAUACGGCCUGUUAAGUCCCAGUUCAGACAGCGACUCUCCCGGCGCACGCUCAGACUCCAUCAGCCCGGGACUCGUCCAAACUGAGCACUGUCCCUUCAGCCAGGCUAAAAAGACCAGGGUGGUGUUGAAUGCUGAAGAGAAGGAGGCACUGAGGAGAGCGUACAUACAGGAGCCCUACCCCUCCCAGCACACCAUCGAGAUGCUGGCCACUCAGCUCAGCCUCAAAACCAACACCGUCAUCAACUGGUUCCACAACUACAGAUCCCGUAUGCGGCGUGAGGUGCUCGUUGAGGGUUCUCAGGACAAUGACUUGGAGGCUGAGCCUCAUAGUUACUCUCCUUCAGUGACCUGCAGCCCUGGUUCAGACGGAGAGGACAGAAAAAAAGCUCAUGCAACCCUGAACGGUCCCUCAAUGCUUACUCUCAAACAGGAAAUGCAAGAAGAAGAAGAGGAGGCGCUUUAUACCAGGCAGGCUAAAUGCUCUUCCGCCAUGCAUUUCCCCUUGAUGAAGACUAAAAGAGAGGAGCUGACGUCUGGCACCCGGGACACGGCUCUGCCCCCAAGCUGUGCCCAAAGCCUCAGGCAGGACGAAGCGUGCAACGUCCAUUCCAGCUCAGUUUCUUUAGAGAACGUCCAGAAAAGCAGCACGGAAGUUGAGAAUAAAUCGGUGGUGGAUCCGGCGAGCUUCAAGGCAUCAUCAGAGGCGUGUCGCGGCAGCUUGGAGGUGUCACUGGACUCGCCCUCGGCCGCCUCUUCGCCUGGCCUGAUGGUGUCCGUCUCUCCCGUGCCGUCCUCCUCCGCCCCCAUUUCUCCGGCCCCGUCGCUCCAUCCCAACGCCAAGCUCAGCAAGAGCACGCAGAGGCGCGACGAGAAGAUGGCCAACCUGAACAACAUCAUCCACCGGCUAGAGCGGGCAGCCAAUCGGGAGGAACAGCUGGACUGGGAGUUUUAAGCUUCUGUCUUUGAGAUUUUUUUUAAAUGGCUCUUUAAAGAGGUUCUUCUUUCUAUUGAAAUCUGGAGCUAGGUUCCAAUUUCUACCUGUCAUCAGUGACACAGGAAAAAAAACACUGAGAGUGAUGCACUCCACAGAGACAACAAGAUAUUACCCUGUCUAAGACUUUUCAGAAAUUAAUUACAAAUAUUUAUAAACGUUUUAGGUAUUUUGAUAAAAGGAUGCUACUUUAACUUGUCGCAGCAUUAGCUGUCUUGUUUUAAACCAAGGAGGAAAACACUUGGAUUCGAAGACUUUGCAGCUACGGUGUCAUGAAAUGCACACUAAAGCCGUGUAGAUUGCCACUGGCUGAGAUUAUCUUAAAAUGAGACGUCUGUCUUAAGCCAUCUAAAGCACUACUUGUUUAAAUAAGAAAAAAAAAAGAGAAAGACUCUGACCAAAUUAGCUACUUUUUGAAUAGCAGUUUUUCAGAUUUUGUCUGUAAGACGGAAACAUUAAGAACUUGAUAUUGACUUGAUACCUGAGGGAUAGUCCUUAAAGACUCUAAAUAGUGAACAAUACGUAUGUACUUAGUUUCUCAGUGACAUGUUUUGGACCAUUUGUUACACAAGCGUAUAAUGUGUGGUUGUACGUGCUGUAGAAAUCGUCUGCAAUAGCCUUUCUCCGAACAAGAUGUAGCAUGGUACUCAAUUACCCUCUUAUCCUCUAUAGAUAGUAACCUGUGAUACUCUUGAGCGCUAAAAGAGCGGAACCUUUCAAAGAUUCAGCAAAAAAAAAGAAGAAAAAAGGAGCUGUAAGAAAAGUUUUAAUGAUAUAACGUUUCAGUGAAGAUGUAUUCUUUGGUUUCGUUUUCUUUAAGGAUUCUUUCGAGGUUUACAGUCGGAGGACGAGAGCGAGCCGCUCUUUCCUCAGUAAUUCAUGUCGCAUUUACCUCACUCUUCUUCUGAUGCACUGAUUUCAUACUGACGUUGGCUAAGGCAGCAGCCGUUUACCUCGACAUCAGGAAGGAUUAAAUCCUGCAGCUCAGCAUCCUCUACUUAAAAGUUCUGUUAAUCAUGAUUCAAACGAUAAUUCAGUCGUAAUGAAACCUCAAGGACUGUUAUGGCUGGAACUGCUGGUGUAGGUUAUGCACUGGAAAGUUGUUAGCAUGCAUAUGUUUUAAAAAUAACCAUUUACUCCUAUUUUGUUGCUAGGCAUUAAGAAGUGUGGGUGUCCUGCCCUCAGCAUCUGUCCAGUAUGUGGGUGUGUACGUGGGUGCCGUCUACUUGUAGGCAGCCGUUACAAAUAUAGAUGUAAUUUUACUUUUCUAUGUUUAUCUCUGACUGACUGUAUUUUGUGUUGAGCUACUGUAUCUUGCACUACAGAAGAGAGUGGGCUGGCUUACAAGCCAAAACUCCAAGGUCACGGGCAGCUUUUUUGCAACUGCUUUAGGGGCCAGUGAGUUAUCUGGUAGGGUCCACAUUAUGUAAUUAUGGGAGAUAAACGGAACGAUUACGCCAGUUUUAAAUUAACGGGUUGAUAGAAUAAACUGUUGCAAGCAAGCCGGUGAACCAUUUAGCAUUUUCUGGAUCAUUUUUUUUCUAUUUUAUUUAUGCAUUUUCUCCCAAUUUAGCGUAGUCAAUUUGUGGGUGUAUUGCUGCUCACGCCUCCUGCGACCCGCGUGCCGCCCUUAACGGAACCCUUUUUCACCCAUGCAUUCUGCACAGGCACCUCUAUCUGCUAAUCAGGGUCCUUACACAGCGUUUGAAGACCCCACCCACUUAGUCCGGUCAUCCCUCCCUGCAGACACUGCCAAGUAUGCCCGCUGACCGGUGGCAACGCCGAGUUUCGAACCAAGGAGUACAGAAUCUUGGCGCUGAUGUGCUAGCAGAAUAUCCCGCUGCGCCACCAGGGCACCCCUGCAAUCAUAAUUAUAACGUGAUGUAAUCACCAUCCCAGUUUAAACAUUUCAAGUCUUGAUUAAACUUUUGUUAAUAAA